AUGAAACCAUGUUUGAUUAGGGGAUCAAAUCUCUCUAAUACAAUCUCAAAACAACUCUUGAAUUUGAGGUAUGAGAAGCAAAGUAAUCUAUGUCUUAUAAUCAAAAAUUGUAAUAGAAUUCAUCAAUUGUUUAUUGCUUUUUGGGUUCAUAUUGAUAUCAUUAUGGAUUUCAAUCAAGAUUUGAUUGAUCAAUUGAUUGAGUUGAGUAAGAAGCAUAAUUUCUUAAUUUUUGAGUAUCAUACAUUUGCAGAUAUUGGAGAGCCAGUCACCACAACUUUAGUCAAAGUAGGAAUCCCCAAAGGAUCUACUUCUCAGAGAAGAUUUGAAUCCAAUGAAGAAGAAGAUCAGCUGGUUUUGUGUCCUGGUGUUGGACUAAAUGUAAUGGGUGAUACGUUGGGCCAGCAUUAUAAUCCUCAUCAUCAAGUUGUUUUGGAACAUGGUUCAGAUAUGAUUAUUAUGGGUUGUGGGAUGUAUAUAAAUGUUGUUGAAGAUAACAAGGUUCUUAAACAGACAUCAAGGUAUAAAGAUGCAGGGUAG